UUAUUCAAACCGGCUCCCAACCAUCGGCAGAAUAACUGAUAUUUAUCGGGACACAACGAAGCGGACGUUACUCGCAGUACAGAGUUUUGCUAUUGAUUUCAAGAAAAAUACAUUUAUCUCCGAAAUGCCCAGAGUAACCAUGAGGAGAUGCAUUAUAAAAAUGAACGACCCCGCGAUUGGAGACUAUUUCAUGUGCAAGAAUUGCAAACAUUUCAUGUUGUCGAGAGAGACGGCAGAAUUGCAUCGUAAAUGUACCAAACAAGUAUUGGCCGCAUUUGAACCAAAGGAAGAUGUAUAUCGCUGUUCAACAUGUGGUAGAUACUUCGAUAACAAAGAGCAAUGGAGUAGACACAAUAAUUUACAUAAAGCAAUCGGAGAUUACAAUCCGUUCAAAUUUGCAUACCUUAUAGACGACGAUAAUUUUGUUAGGAGUUUACGUUUAUAAUUUUAUGUUUUAUUGGCUGUAGUAUUUCGUAUUAUUGUUAUUUAAUUAGUUUUAUG